GGUUUGUAGUUUUUUCGUUCUUGUUUCUCUCUGUUUUAUUUUUUAACUCCUAUUUUUCCUAUUUCUCACAAUUGUUUUAUAAAUAUAUUAAUUCGGGCAUAUAACUUCACAAUAAAAAUAAAUACGAGAAGUUUGAUUGAUGAUUCGUCUUGUUAAUACAAGAAAUUAUCAACGUAAAUUGUUACAAUUAUCUCACAAGUUUUUUUAAUAUAAUUUUCAUCAACUACACAAUACACAGAGGACGUAUGAAACAAUACUUUACAAAACAAUUGUUUUAUACAUAUUUUGUUUUACUAUGGAAAUACAGAUCUUUGCCGUCCCUUAGAUCGAAUGGUUAUAAACUCGAACAAAGUAAGUAUUUUUGGGGAUGUUCUUGUCUGUUGUUGUUGUUGUUGUUGUUGUUGGCGGUGGCGGUGGCAGUGAUGGUUUGUUGUUGUUACUGUUGUUUUUAUUCUCUCUAGUAAAGAGGAAAAAUCAGAUUUAACUUAAAAUUCAAUUAAUAUUUUUAAUAUAUAAAUAAAUAUUGUAUAUAUGAUUAAAAAAACUUAAUUUCAAAUAAUUGCGUACUCGCUACGAUAAAUAAAUAAAUAAAUAAAUUAAUAUUUUUUAAGGAAAUUGAUGAAGGUUUUAUGACGUUUCUCAUCACUGCCUUCUUUUCCCUUUCCUUUUUUUUUUGUCCUGAGAACUGGAAAAGGAUGUAUUACGACCAGUACAUCUGUUCUAAACCAGUUGUGUAAUAUCAUCAUAGUUGUAUUAUAUACCUAACUUUAGGUGUUUCCUGACAAAGGACUAGAGAGAACAAUCCUCAGUUUGAAAGUGCGAUGCUCUAAUGUAACAAAGGGUUGUAUCUGGGUGAAUGAUUUGAGAGAUUUGCAGCCACAUUUAGAUGCAGAUUGCGACUACACCAUAGUAACAUGUCAGAAUGAAGGUUGCAACAAGCAAAUUCAACGUAACAUGUUGCAACAACAUGUUGUUCAGUAUUGUGGUCAGAAAGAUGGUGAUUGCAAUGGCAAGAAAAUCAAAGAAUUAAUUGCUGGACUUAGUUCCAGAUUACUGGAGUGUGAAAUGAAAAUCACAGAAAGAGAUGGGAUGUUAAAAAUGACUGAAAUAAGACUAAUCAAUUGCGAGAAAGACCUGAAGGUCACAAAACACAAGUUAGAAAAAAAUGAGAAAAACUUGUUGGUGACAGAACAUGCACUAAGCAUUUGUGAGAAGGAAUUAAAGACUACGAAAGACAGGUUAAGAGAUUGUGAAGAAAAAUCAUUGAAAAAAGAUGCGAUUAUUGAGCGUUUAUCAUGUGUGAAUUCUAUGGGGUUUUUUCAAUGGACAAUAAAUAAUUACAACAGCGUUAAAUGGAGUGAAGAAUUGAACAGUCCCUACUUCUAUUCAUCAUAUAAUGGCUACAAAUGUCAACUAAGUGCUGAAUGGUAUGGACCUAAAAGAGGUAGAAUGGGUUUGUAUUUUUUCAUAUGCAAAGGCGAGAACGAUGAUGAAUUAGUAUGGCCAUUCCCAAUGGAAGUGCGAUUGCAAUCUACUGACAUCAAUGGUAGUAUAAGAAGUGUGACUGUUUCGUUUUUGACAGAUAAUUUACCUGACAGUUGGGAAAGACCUGAAGGUACGAGAACAAGGGGAAUCGGAUCAGAAGAAUUUUUACACAUGCCGCAGUUGACAAAAUAUACUCAAAAUGACAAAAUGGUGAUUUAUUGUUUUUUCGAUCUUUGACACACAAACGCUUCUUCUUUAGUCUCUCUCACAGCUGUUAUGUGAUUUCGCUCUUCAUUCUUUCCUAAUUUUAUCACUAUAAAGUGUUUUUUAGUUUUCUGGAGAAUUACGAAAGGCAGAGAAAUAAAAUUAGUUUUGAUACCUUACCUAUGGUUUACCACUUCUGCUUAAAUAAAUCCAGCCAAUUAUUUUGCUUGAUCGUUGUUCCUUUUCUAUAUUUUCUAUAUUUCAUGUUUAUACUUGUCUAUAACUACAUAUAUUAUCAAUCUUCAUACAACUUGUACAUCAUUUAUUCUUGUUUCGAAUUUUUCAAACUUUUGAAUAGGCAACCUUUUUGUCUGGACGAAUAAACUUUUGCAAAAUAUCGUAAGUUCAAGAAAUAUUUUUAAGUAAUUUUAAGAGCACUGCGAUAAUAUUGAGCGAAACCUUUAUUGACUUCAAUCACGCUGAAUGAAAAUUGCUGGGGAAAUAACUUCUAUCAUGGAGGUAAAAAUAAAGAAGGAGAUUGAACUCUUUUGUUUCUAUUCAAAUCACCCGUGAUGCGAUCAGUUGCAAAUCUAUUCAUGUUGUCAUUUUAAAUUCUAACGUGUGUCAGUUUUAGUAAAUUUCAUUGGUCGAGAAAACAAUCAUUAACUUUUUUUCUUUUUUUUUUUUCUGCACGCGCCACUACACGGGGGUAACCCAAAGAAUACGUCAUUGCAUAAAUUGCGCAUAUUAAUGUUUUUACCCAGUCCUUUUCCGCGUUCGAAGUUCAGUAAAGAUGGCGAUUGAGAAUGGCAUGGUCAAGUAAACAAAUUCAGUUUAAUUUUGGUUGUAUUUAAAUGCUUUUUUCUUUACUUUUGGGCCGAGAUGUAACUUAUAUCAAGUUUUAAUUUUUUACCGGACAGUACCUUUAACUCAAUAGAUGUAUCUGGCUUUUUCACAACAAUAUACAUUUCCUGACUAAUAUUUUUUUAAAGCAAACUAUUAGUCUUAUCAACACUUAUAUGAUAUCAUAUAUGCUUGUAGUUUUUACCAUGCGUUAUAUUUUUAAUGUACUGAUUUACAAUUUGUAAAUAUCAAAGUGAUUUUUUAAAUCUUGUUUCCAUAUUUUACAUUCCCUCAAAAUUCCAUCCAAUUGUCUUAUAUUAUUAUUUGCAUUGAUUUACCUAGCAGGGCUUUUAAUUUAUUUUUUGAAAUUAUCUUUUGUUAUCAUAUAUUGGAGGUUUUUGUGUAGUUUAGUAUACACGAAAUU